CCCCCCGCUGCCUAGAAACGGGACUCUAAAAUGGCGGCGGCCGCCUGCGCCGGUGAGCAGGCAGUAGAAAAACAGCUGAAGACCUGGGGCUUCAAGAGGAAUGUGGAUGUCUUAGUAUUGUAUCUGGCAGGACAAGGAAUAAGAAGUAUCCCAAGUCUAUCACGGUUUCGUAGGUUAAGGUAUUUGUGGAUUAGCAACAACAAGAUCCAAGAUUUAACCUUCUUGAAAAAAAACUAUUGCCUGACUGAGCUCUACCUCAACAAUAAUGAACUGACGGAUGUAUCAGGUGCUCUGAACCACUUACAUGUGUUACAGAUCCUGUUCCUUCACAACAACCACUUAGGAAAGCUUGGCGGAACAGUGAAGGAACUGAAAGGAAUGAUAAGCUUGCAGACCCUAAAUCUAUUCCAUAACCCUCUGGCACAAGAACGGGACUACCGGCUUUAUGUGAUAUACUUCCUUCCUUCAGUACAGCUCCUUGACAGGAAGGCAGUUACACAAAGAGAAAGGGAGUCAGCACUUCAUCUUCAUAACCACAAAAGGUCUGCUGUUGUCCACUCAAUAGCUUUUGGAAGGAGAGUUAAUAAACCUCUUGGCACUAUAGUGAGGUCCAGAAGACACACUCAGCCGGCCAAAAGACUGGUGAAGCCCUCAGGCUCUGGAUUUGGAAAUGGCACAAAUAAAGAACCAUUUGAGAACCCUGAAGAUGCCAUUUUACUCCGGGCAAUGACAAGAUCUCUAAUGGAAUUUUCCUGUCUUGACUGGAACAAAGUAGCCACCUGCCAAGAAAGACGGCUUGAAAACAAAGCAAAAGAACCCCAUGAGAAGCUGACAGUCAAAUUUAGAUGAGUGCUUUCUUCCUUAAAACAAAAUGAUUCCUCUUCUUCAUGUGAAGAUAAGCCUCGUAAGUAAGCUAAUAU